AUGCAAAUCAAGGAAGCCUGUGGCUGGCCAGGGAAACGGACAGCCGAGCGCUCUGGGGUGCAGCGCGCAGAUACAAGCAGUGCCUCAGACCCCGGUGCUGACACAGGGUUCUUCAGCCAGCACUCAGCACGCACCAGGGGCUCCGCCGGCGUGGAUGUACACACUGCAGCCACAGUCGUCCUAGACUCUGCCGCUGUGCAUAAGGCUCCUCUGGAUGCCUUUGGACCUUUGGGCCAGGGGCUGAGUGCACUGCUCGUGGGACAAUCUAGUGCCACUCUCCAGGGAACCUUUGUGCACCCGGGAGUCAUUGAUGCAGAUUUCACAGGUCAAAUCCGUGCUAUGGUUUCCAUCCCUUCUCCUCCUGUCACUAUUCCCGCAGGAACGCGCAUCGCUCAGCUCGUGCCUUUCCGUUCCUGUGUUCUAGGGCUGAUCAGCGAGAUCGAAAGGACGGUGGUUUUGGAUCUACAGGACUGCCACAGGUCUAUUGGACCAUGA